AAUGUCUCUAUUUACUAAUUAGUGCCAGAAUUGUGACAACCCAAUCUGACCACGCCCACUUCAACAACCUUUCUCAUUCGUAAAUCUAACGUACCACUGAUGGGUGUGUUUUGUUGGAGCAAAUACAUAAAUAAAUAAAUAAAAAAUAUAUCUGCUUUGUGUUUGUGGACCAAAUAAUAUCCGCUGGUGCCGUCACGAAAUAUUCCGUUUAGGCGUAGCGUCGAAUUACAACGUAGCCUGCGCCAAUAUGUUACGCAGCUGUGAAUCCGCUGCUACGUAGAGAGCGUAAAGCCCUGGCUCGUCAUAUUUGCUCUCCAGUGUUUCAUCGCUGAUGCCUUUCACCCUCUGAGGAUGGGCAUGUUUUCUUCCCACCGCUGCUGCUCCUCUUCUGUUCCGUCGCAUGAAUCCACUGCACAUCUUCCUCUCAGCUGACCAGACUGCAGCUGCUUCUCCCCGGCUCUUGGUGUCGGUGUUUUUGUCCGGCCCUGCGCAGCCUCCAGUCCAGUCGAGUCCAGUCCAGUCCAGGCCGGCAGCGACACUAGCAUCAGCUGUGUCCUCCGCUCCGCUCCGCUCCUGAAGGGACAGCGGCCGGCUCUUCACCGUGACCCGCUCCUUUCACGAUUAUCCUGGUGAAUUUCGCUAAAUGGACUUCGUGGCUGUUCGGAGUUCUCCACAGCAGCCGUUCACCCGCUCCUCCUCUCAUUAUUCCUCUAAUGAGAACAGCCUAGUGAUUUAAGUCGGCUCCUCGCUGCGCGUCUCUGAUUUUUGGGCUGAAAAUCAAGACGCGGCAAAGGUCUGUACAUGGGGGCAGGCAAGAGCAAGCCCAAGGAGCACGGCCAACGCUCCAUGAGCCUGGAUGGCACCAUCGGCACCGGCUCAGAUAGCGGACGCUUCCACCACCUCGGACCCGCCCAGCAGACCCAAACCCCCAACAGGAGCCCUGCCGUAGGCACAGGCAGACGGGGGCAUCAAGGGCAGCACCAGCACGUCCCGACCAACACCCCAGAGUCGGCUCUUUUUGGAGGUGUGCACACUGGAACCAUCACCUCGCCGCAGAGAGGACCUCUGGCAGGAGGCGUCACCACGUUCGUGGCUUUGUAUGACUAUGAGUCACGGACAGCAUCUGACCUGACCUUCAGGAAAGGCGACAAGCUGCAGAUAGUCAACAACACGAAAAAGUACAGCUUCAGAGAAGGCGAUUGGUGGCUAGCUCGCUCCCUGACAACAGGGGAGAGUGGUUAUAUACCCAGCAACUAUGUGGCUCCGUCUGACUCCAUUCAAGCAGAAGAGUGGUAUUUUGGGAAGAUCACACGGCGUGACUCAGAGAGGCUCCUUCUGAAUCUCCAGAACAGAAGAGGAACCUUCUUGGUGCGAGAGAGUGAGACCACUAAAGGGGCGUACUGUCUGUCAGUGCUGGACUAUGACAACACCAAAGGCCUGAACGUCAAACAUUACAAGAUCAGGAAGCUGGACAGUGGUGGUUUCUACAUCACGUCUCGUACCCAGUUCACCAGCUUACAGCAGUUAGUCUUCCACUACUGCAAGCACUCUGACGGGUUAUGCCAUGCACUGACAGACGUGUGUCCUGUGGCCAAACCUCAGACCCAGGGCCUGGCCAGAGACGCCUGGGAGAUCCCCCGAGAGUCCCUGCGCCUGGAUCUGAAACUGGGGCAGGGAUGUUUUGGAGAAGUGUGGAUGGGGACGUGGAAUGCUACGACUCGAGUUGCCAUCAAGACCCUGAAGCCCGGCACCAUGUCUCCGGAGGCUUUCCUCCAGGAAGCGCAGGUCAUGAAGAAGCUAAGGCACGAGAAGUUGGUGCAGCUGUACGCCGUGGUCUCUGAAGAACCCAUCUACAUCGUGACAGAGUACAUGAGCCAAGGAAGUUUAUUAGAUUUCCUCAAGGGAGAUGCUGGAAAGAUGCUUCGUCUGCCUCAGCUGGUGGACAUGGCUGCUCAGAUUGCUGCAGGCAUGGCCUACGUGGAGAGAAUGAACUACGUCCACAGAGACCUGCGAGCAGCCAACAUCCUGGUAGGAGAUAACCUGGUGUGUAAAGUAGCAGACUUUGGCCUGGCAAGGCUCAUUGAAGACAACGAAUACACCGCCAGGCAGGGAGCCAAGUUUCCCAUAAAGUGGACAGCACCAGAGGCGGCUCUGUACGGCCGCUUCACCAUCAAGUCAGACGUCUGGUCCUUCGGCGUUCUGCUCACAGAGCUGGCUACUAAAGGCAGAGUCCCUUAUCCAGGAAUGGUGAACCGUGAGGUUCUGGACCAGGUGGAGCGUGGCUACAGAAUGCCUUGUCCAGCAGAGUGUCCCAUCUCCUUACACGAGCUCAUGCUCUCCUGCUGGAGGAAGGACCCAGAGGAAAGGCCUACCUUCGAGUACCUGCAGGGCUUCCUAGAGGACUACUUCACCUCCACAGAACCCCAGUAUCAGCCUGGGGAGAACCUAUAGAACCCCGAAAUGAAAAUUAAAAAAAAAAAAAAAGAUGGAGGAGAACCUCAUCACUGAAAGAUCUGCACUAACCGACCUCAGAGGAAAAACUGUGAAACGCAUCUGGGAAGACGUUGGGAUUCUUCUGCAGAAGCAAAACCAACACCGACAAGGAGACCGGUAGAACGUUCCCCCGUGGGUUCUCCACGCUGCUGCUGCUGCAGAAGAAUCCGGAGAACAUCCUCCCUGGAAUAUUCACUGUUUACUUCCGGUUCUCCUGUAGCUACGGAAGGAGAACUGGUACUGGACAGAACUCUGGCUACAGAUGGCCUGAAAGAUGUAACUGUAAAAAUCA